GGAGGAGGUUCUAGUUUGUAUCAGAAAUCUUAGUCCCUGUAUAUCAUAGUCUGAAGAUCAAUAAAGAAGAUUUCAAUAGUUAUCAUCAUACCUGUAAGUUUUUCUUCUUUAUUUUAUCAGCUUCUCCUUCUAUCUUCAGAUCAAAGCCUACAGUCGUGCCUCUUGAUUCUGUCUGAUAGAUUUAGUAAAGAUGAACUUCUUUUAAUUUUUUUACUACUUUAAUUUUCUUACUUUGCAAUUUAAAUAUGUGUGAGUAGUAUCUCAAGAAGGAUCAAAUGAUAAGAUGUAAGGUUUAAACAAGAGCUUUUAAAUUUAUUUUUGUAAAUUCUUAAGCUUAUUUCGUAAUGACUGAAAGAAGGUUAAGAUCAAAGAUCUUUCAUAGGGAAUGAUUAGGACACUUGAACUCUGUAUUAUAUCAGGAGUAGUGGACUGAUAUAUAACCAGAGAGUAGUCUAAAGCUCUAGAUCUAGAUUGGUACUAUCUAUCAUUCAGACUAUGUAGCCUUAGAAUCAUACUACUUGUCUUUUUAGUAAUACUUCAAAAGAAUAGGUUUUUAUGCUCUGGAAGUUGAGGCAAGGUUGCCGUUUGAGUCCCUGGGAGCAGAACCCCUAUGUGAGGGUAUGAAUCAUGUUGGCAUGGCGUCCUACAUGAACUAGAAGACUUGUAGUCCCUGGCUAAGUAUUCCUUUAACUUAAAAUGACUGUUUGAGUUAGCAUUCCAAAAGAACUGGGCCUAAAUUACUGUGCGUAUUUCACCGGUUGAAUCCCAGUGUGAGGAUGUGAGUUGUAUGAGCAUGACGCCUUAUACAAGCUUGAAUUAAAGUUAAAAAAAAACCAUUUAUCUGAAAGCUCUUGGUUAAAAGCCUAUACUAAAUAUCCUGAUAUCCUUCUUCCCUCCCUCAUCUUGCUGUGCCCUCUUCUCAUACAUAUCCUUCUCUGCUACUGCUCAUCUGAACCGGCAAACGAGUGGGUCAAAAUGAUGCUGUUUUUUAAUUAAAAUUUGUUUAAGCGCGUCAGAGGUCCCCAUUUUCUUCACUUUAUCCCAUGCAUCGUUUUCUUCCCCUCUGCCAAAAAGUCUCCACUUUCCCUAUUUUUUUACUUUUUGACAAAUUGUGCGAAUCGGCGCUGGUCACUUUUCCCAACCCUCGCCACCAACUUUUAUCAUUGCUCCAUGUGAUGGACUUGACUCGAGAGGCGGGCCCUCCUCUUUUCUCUAUUUCUCAUUUCGUUAAAAUACAUUUUAUUCAUUAUUUUAUCCAAUAAUACCACAAAGCGAGGAGUGACCAGUGAUCAGUGACCAGUGACCAGUGACCGGUGACCGGUGACGAGUGAUGAGUGACGUUUGAGGAAUGACGAGAGCGAUCUAUUUCUUUGAUUUCUCGCUUUCACGUUGUGAAGACUGAGAAUUUCAACCUCCUAGUAACACUUGCGUGGCCGUAGUGGCGAUAGCUUCGACUCAAAGAUCAAUGCCCUGUGGAGAUAAUUGUGGAAUUGAUUCUUAUCAAAAUAAAAAGCGAAUCAGAUUUUUGUACAGGGUUAAUCCACAUGGAUGGAAUAGUACAAGGUAAAAUCUUAUGGUGGAUUUUGUCUGUCGGUUUGUGUGGAUUUGAUUGUACGAGACAUUGAGACACUGAUUCAUAUUGUAUACAUGUGUGAGUUGUCGGUUUGUGUGGAUUUGACUGUACGAGACAUUGAGAGACUGAUUCAUAUUGUAUACAUGUGUGAGUGAGUUGGGAUCAGACCCUUAUAUGAGAAUACGGUGGCACUGUUUAAGUGAUUUUAGAGGGCAAAAACAUGAUUUGCAAUGAAUGCUAAGGUAUAGUGAAUAUCAAAAUGGUUGAGAGGACCUCAAAGCAUGUGUCAGAUGUUUUCAAUCAUUCGUUGCUCGCUACAUAGACUAAUCAUCUUUUUUGAGAACCCGAUCUAAACUCUGUGAGAGUGAAAGGGAUGUAUAUAAAAGUAAGUGGCCAUUGGCCUUACCAGUACCCAAUGGAGUAGGAGGGGAAAGAAAAAAAAUCCAGCGUCCUCCCACUUAAGUCUAUAUUCUAUAUAAACCUUGAGGACUGAAGUAUCAUAUCCCACCUAUAUAAACCUUUACAUUGUGAAGAGGAUUGACAAUCCCAUUUUUCUGUGUAUUUCUCAUAUAAUACGAAAUUGCGGAAAAUUAACCAGACAAGCAUGUUCGACUUCACCACCAUCCCGUCGACGUCCAAAGUCCUAUCAGUUUAUGCCUCUUUGGUAACCUCAAUAAUGAUUUUCCGCACCAUGGCGAACCAACUCAUACCCCACCAGAUCCAAGACUACAUUUUCUCCCGCUUGCAAUACAUCUUAGCCUAUUUGAUCUUCCCCACGGCAGCUCAUGACCAUCGUUGGUUUGAGAAGGAUCAAGAGAUCAUAGAUUUCUUCCAAGGGAUUCAACUCAAAUGGAAGCUUUUUCGAUAUGAAACACAAAGACGUUGUGUUGUAUUCUUACCUGCCACACGUAGUGGAGGAAUCAAAGGCGUUGAUAGAAGAAAAGAGAGUUGUGAAACCAUCAACCUUGAACAUCCGGCGACUUUCGAUAAAUUGGCAAUGGAUCCAGAGCUCAAGAGGGCUUUGAUAGAUGAUUUGGAUAGGUUUGUGAAGAGAAAAGAGUUUUAUAAAAGAGUUGGGAAGGCUUGGAAACGAGGGUAUCUAUUAUAUGGUCCUCCAGGGACUGGGAAGUCCAGCUUGAUAGCUGCCAUGGCCAAUCACCUAAGAUUUGACAUCUAUGAUAUAGAGCUCACAGGUCUUCGUAAUAACUCAGGGCUCAAGGACUUGCUGGUUUGGACCACGAAUCGAUCGAUAAUUGUGAUCGAGGAUAUUGAUUGCAGUAUUGAGAUGAACGAUCGUGGCCAAAAAGAAGGUAGAUCAUCGGAUGACUAUCAGGUCAGUUUCCUUCGCUCUUGAGACUAGUUUAGUACCUUGACUUUGAGUUCAAGUUAUUUUGGAAAAGAUUUAGUGGUUACCUGGGUUGCAGGCAAAUUGCAGCAACCUCUACUUACACCAAAGAAAUGGAAUAAUUCAUUUUCCACAAGUUUAUAAAUACCCUCGUCGAUUAUAGUAUUUUCUAAUAAUACCCUUUUAGAUUUCAUU